CGCGACAAACACCGCCGUAUUUAUGUGCGCGCCGCGCCGCGCGGGAAGCAGCACAGCACAGCACACAUCUCGUCCAGUCCAUCCAUGGCGAGCCUGAGCGUGCCGCCGGUGCCGACGGACCCGCGGCGCGACGCGAUCGACCUCCACAGGGCGUUCAAGGGGUUCGGCUGCGACGCCACGGCGGUGACCGCCAUCCUCGCCCACCGCGACGCCUCCCAGCGCGCCCUAAUCCGGCGCCACUACGCGGCGGUCUACCACCAGGACCUCCUCCACCGCCUCGCCGCCGAGCUCUCGGGCCACCACAAGCGCGCCGUCCUGCUCUGGGUGCUCGACCCGGCGUCCCGCGACGCCGCCGUCCUCCACCAGGCGCUCAACGGCGACGUCACCGACAUGAGGGCGGCCACCGAGGUGGUGUGCUCCAGGACGCCGUCGCAGCUGCUCGUGGUGAGGCAGGCCUACCUCGCCAGGUUCGGCGGCGGCGGCGGCGGCGGCCUCGAGCACGACGUCGCCGUCAGGGCGUCCGGCGACCACCAGAGGCUGCUUCUGGCGUACCUGCGCUCGCCGCGGUACGAGGGGCCCGAGGUGGUCGACAUGGCGGCGGCGGCGCGCGACGCCAGGGAGCUGUACAGGGCCGGCGAGAGGCGGCUCGGCACCGACGAGAGGACGUUCAUCCGCGUCUUCUCCGAGCGCAGCGCCGCCCACAUGGCGGCCGUCGCCGCCGCGUACCACCACAUGUACGACCGCUCCCUCGAGAAGGCUGUGAAGAGUGAAACUUCAGGGAACUUUGGGUUUGGCCUGCUGACAAUCCUCAGGUGCGCCGAGAGCCCGGCCAAGUACUUCGCCAAGGUGCUCCACGAGGCGAUGAAGGGGCUGGGCACCAACGACACGACGCUGAUCAGGGUGGUGACGACGAGGGCGGAGGUGGACAUGCAGUACAUCAAGGCGGAGUACCACCGGAGCUACAAGCGCUCGCUCGCCGACGCCGUCCACUCCGAGACCUCCGGCAACUACCGCACCUUCCUCCUCUCCCUCAUCGGCCGCGACCGCUAACGUCGAUUGGUUUCGGUCUCUUUGAGCGUGUGUUAAGGGACGCAUUUGUUCCAUAGCGCACAAACAUGGCAAUUAUUUAUGUGCGUGUGUAGUGGUGUGUUCGAACGUUCGUUUUUCGUGUAAUAAAAAAAAUUGAGUUUGCUGUCUUGUGAUGCUGCUGCUGUUCUUGCAUUGCCUCUGCUCUGCAUUCCAUUUCAGAAACAUUCAUGUAUAUACGUGUGUAUUAUUUGGUCA